CAGAAUGCGGGGAGAGCAAAGUGGCAGUGUCACUUUGUAAUGAUGCCACAUCAUACCCUCAUACACAAACACACACUUCGCAAUGGAAAAAGGGUGAGCCAUAAAACCCACCAUGUCUGUCUCCUGAAUCCACUUCCUCUGGUGUUCUCAUCCGUAGCCAUCUCCAUUUUCCCACUUUCCCUUUCCUUAAUUUCCUAUAAUUCCUUGCAACCAAUUCCUUUCCUCAUCCAAUCUCGACCUGAAUCCUUCGUACACUCUCUAGCUAAAAGAUAGUUACAAGACCUUAGCUCGAGAUCACUCGUAAUUAAUCUAGAGAGGGAGAGGAGAUGAGCUCUGUGUGCAAGUCUUCUGUGGGGUGCGUUGACGCACGCGUGCCGGUGAGGGCUACCUAUGUCAACCUCUACAAGUGGCCGGAAUCCGACGCCGAGUUCGUGAGGUCGGUGGCCGGAAGAAGUAGAGAAGGAAGCGAUCUCAGCCACAACGCCGCUGCCGAUGGGGGAAGGAAGUGGGGGCCAAGUCCAAGGGUGGUGGAUAGCUACUCAUGCCGCCAGAUGUAUCUGAGGAGCUACACCUUCUCGAAGAAGGAGAGCUUCCCCGAGAAGACUCAGCGGUGCCUCGGACGAGUUAUAGAGAAGGCCGUCGUCUGCCCUUUCCUCUAUCAAAGGUCCGACAGCUUUGGUAGUAUCCAUUCAAAUAUCAGUCAUAAGGAUGACGAAAGAAAGAAGAAGAAGAAGAAGAAGAAGGGGUGCGUGGCGGCGAAGAAGCUUCUCGAUUUCAUCUUCCGACGCCUCCUCUCCUGCACCUCCAGCGUCGACGUGGUGGAUCGCUAGCUCCUCGCCUUCAUGAGGUUAUCUAGCUAAUAUCACAUAUCCUAUACUCUUCUUUCUUUCCCUUUAAUUUAUACUUGUUGCGUUCUCUAGCUUUCUCCUCGCCCUUGUUCGUGAAUCGUGAGAGGUGAAGUAUAUUUACUGCAUGCUCGUUCCCGGAAGGUGCUAUCUUAUUUUUUGUAUAUGUGAAGGCGAUUCAAUAGACUGUUCUCCGUUGCUGCUUCUUAGCUUAGUAACUUGAUUGAGGGUGAAGAAACAGAUCGUGUCAUAUAUUUCUUGUAAAGUUGGUUAGAAACUUCACCUCAAAAAGCGUUCACUUGAAGGAGUCACGAGAAUUCGAGGGUUGGGGUUUGGUGGAUUUGGCGCGCGUUCAAAAGGCGCGCGUUUUUUUGUUUUUUCAAGCCCCUCCCUGUUCGUCCACCUACCUUUCCCUUUUCUGAGUUGUGGCGGCGAAUGAUGUCCGUGGCGCUGGGAAGAAGCAAAGAUCAUCCUUCCCAUUUGGGAAGUUCUUGCUUUGGUGUUUCGCACGCUAAAGCUGGUGUCUUUGCUCUCCAUGGAAGGUAUGGAACAAAACUGGCUGGUGAUUGAAAAUAAGAGAAGAUCCUUUGCUUUCUUUGGUAAACAAAAGAUCCUUUGCUCUGGUGAUUGAAAAUAAGAGAAGAUUCUUUCAUGCCCGCUGUAUCGCAUCCUGCACGGAUCACGAAGCACUUCUAACUUCUGCUUAAACGAUACUAUGGCACGAUUCAAUGGUGGAUUUAUGCACGAAAGGUACAAUCCUGUCCCAUCAAUCAACUCAGGACGGUGGUCCUGUGGUUUCAUUGUUUUUUCCAGCUAGACAUUAAUGGCACCCAAGUGGGCUAUGAACCUAA